GCAUGUAUAAUAACCAACACGUAACGUAGACGUUAGGUAAAUCAGACAUUACGGAUUUUUGCCCCUCCUAUGUGGGUAUAUCUCUUUUGCCCCGCUCUCUUCUUUCUUCCAUUCUAGUCACUAUAUAGGCCAGCCAGUGCAUCGUUACAGUGUCAGUCAGUUCAGGUAGAAACUUAUUGACGUACUAUACGUGCGCGCAAAACGGCAUUUUUAGUCGUGUUAUUUAUAAUCACUAGUGAAAUAGUGCAAAUUUGAUGAUAAGUAUGACCGACUCGCACAACAUCGACGAAUACUACAACGUCGCCGAGGAACUAGUUCUAAAAGCAGGAAAAAUAAUAGAGUCUGCCAUUAAUUUAAACAAAAAUGUAAAAAUUAAAAGGAUCGAUUGGGAUCUUGUCACAGAAUACGAUCAAAAAAUAGAGGAUGAUUUACAGAAACAAUUAUCAGAAAUAUAUCCAAAGCACAAGUUUAUUGGUGAAGAAACGACUGCGAAAGAAAGUUGUUUACCAAAGCUGACCAAUGAUCCAACGUGGAUCAUAGAUCCUAUAGAUGGUACAACAAAUUUCGUACAUCGAUUUCCACAUACGUGUAUCUCUUUGGCGCUACUGAUAAAUAAAAAAAUAGAAAUUGGGAUGGUGUAUAAUCCUCUAAUGAGACAAUUCUUUUCUGCAAAAAGGCAGAAAGGAGCUUUUCUAAAUGGACAUCCUAUAAAAACAUCGGACGUUACAGAUCUAUCUCAAACAUUAAUUGCAAUGGAACCAUGGAUUGCCAAAGAUUCAAAUUAUCUCGUCACUGUAUAUAGUAGAAUGCAUGCUUUAAUUCAAGGGACUCACGGAAUAAGAUCAUUAGGCACUGCUGCUCUUACGUUAUGUUAUGUUGCAAUGGGUGCAAUAGAAGCAUAUCAUAUCGAAAGUAUAGAUGCUUGGGAUGUUGCUGCUGGGAAACUGAUAAUAGAAGAAGCUGGAGGAACGGUAAUAGAUACGGCUGGUGGAGAAUUAAAUUUAAUAAAACCGAGAGUUAUAGCAGCUUGCAACCAUCAGAUUGCUGAUCAGCUGGUCGAUCUCUUUAAGCGUGCCGAUUUAAAAGCUAUCGAUAGAAAUUUAACAUAAACCUUUUUAAGUUAGAUAAUACCAUUAAGAUGUAAAAAGCUAUUUCAGGGAAUUGAGAUUUAUCCUCUUUUAACCCUUGUGUAGACAACCAAGUACCUGGGUACUCAUUUGUACAUCUCUUGUAAUAAUUUUUUAUGACCCCGUGAAAAUGUUAUACAACCGUUACAGAUUCCCAUUU